CUCGCCCUCGCAUGCAACAGCAUUGAACGAGGCACGUAGAGCUUUCACUUUUCCUUCACUUUUGAGAUUCCCGUAUUUUUCAUUUUUAUUUUCCAUCAUUUCGGUUCCUUGGAUGGUGGGUUGCUGAGCUUGUUCCAUGCGGAACUUCGAGCUCUUGAGGUCGGACAAGUGAGAAAACAAAUCCGCGCGCCCUUCGAUCGAGACAGUCAACAUGCAAGAAUACGAGGACGAAUAUGGCGAAGAUGGCUACUACGAGGCUGAGGAAGGAAUCACUUCCGAGGACUGCUGGACCGUCAUCUCUUCCUUCUUCGAAUCGAAGGGUCUCGUCUCCCAGCAGCUCGAUUCUUUCGAUGAAUUCAUUUCAACGACGAUGCAGGAACUUGUGGAGGAGCAGGGACAGGUAACACUUGACCAGACAAUAGCCCCCGAUGAAGACGAUCCAGAUCCGGUUAUGGUGCGACGUUACGAGCUCAAGUUCGGUACCGUGAUGCUUGCGCGGCCGUCGAUGACAGAGGGUGAUGGAGCGACAAGUAUCAUGUUGCCUCAAGAAGCGCGCCUUCGGAAUUUGACAUACGCUAGCCCUCUUUAUCUUGGAAUCACAAAGAAAAUUGCAGAGGGCCGAGAACGAUCGCUGGCCGAACGCGACGAAGAUGACGAUGAACCCGACGCGAAAGGCGACGAGGAGAGACGGGCUAGAGGGACAUAUCUACAAUGGGAGCCCAAGGCGCUUCCUGAAGAUGAAGCUGAUGAGGAGAAUAUUUUCAUUGGAAAGAUGCCGAUUAUGUUGAAGUCUAAAUACUGUAUUCUCAAAGACCUUGGCGAGCAUGCGCUGUACAACUGGAACGAAUGCCCCUACGACUCUGGCGGUUACUUCAUCAUCAACGGCAGUGAAAAAGUCCUUAUUGCUCAAGAGCGAAGUGCUGGAAAUAUCGUGCAGGUCUUCAAGAAAGCUCCUCCAAGCCCUACUCCCUACGUCGCGGAAAUUCGAAGUGCUGUCGAAAAAGGCUCCCGUAUCCUCUCCCAAUUAUCUAUCAAGCUUUUCGCCAAAGGUGAUAGUUCGAAGGGAGGCUUUGGUCCUACUAUCCGUUCCACGCUGCCCUACAUAAAAACCGACAUUCCUAUCGUCGUCGUCUUUAGAGCCCUAGGCGUCGUUUCCGAUGAAGAUAUUCUCAAUCAUAUUUGCUAUGACCGCAACGAUACCCCUAUGCUAGAAAUGCUAAAGCCUUGUAUUGAAGAAGGUUUUGUUAUUCAGGACCGUGAGGUUGCUCUCGACUUCAUUAGUAAGCGAGGCUCUUCUCCCACGAGCAUGAACCAUGAGAAGCGUGUGAGAUACGCAAGAGAUAUCAUCCAGAAAGAAUUCCUGCCUCAUAUUUCCCAAAGUGAAGGAAGCGAGACACGAAAGGCCUUCUUCCUAGGUUACAUGGUACACAAAUUACUACAGUGUGCCCUUGGCCGACGGGAUGUGGAUGAUCGUGACCACUUUGGCAAAAAGCGGCUUGAUCUAGCCGGACCAUUACUUGCCAACCUUUUCCGGGUCCUUUUUAUGAGACUUACAAAGGAUCUCUACAAAUACGUCCAGAGAUGCGUCGAGACAAAUCGCCAACUUUAUUUGAACAUUGGCGUCAAGGCCAGCACUUUGACUGGCGGUCUAAAAUACGCUCUUGCUACCGGAAAUUGGGGUGAGCAGAAAAAGGCAGCAAGUUCAAAGGCCGGUGUUUCUCAGGUGCUUAACCGCUACACUUAUGCCUCUACGCUAUCGCAUCUUCGGCGAACCAACACGCCAAUCGGCCGUGAUGGAAAGAUCGCCAAACCUCGUCAGCUUCACAAUACUCACUGGGGUUUGGUUUGUCCUGCGGAAACUCCGGAAGGUCAGGCUUGUGGUUUGGUUAAGAACUUGGCUCUGAUGUGCUAUAUUACAGUCGGCACGCCUAGUGAGCCUAUCAUUGACUUCAUGAUCCAGCGGAACAUGGAGGUUCUGGAAGAGUUUGAACCUCAAGUGUCGCCCAAUUCCACAAAGAUCUUCGUCAAUGGCGUCUGGGUUGGAGUCCACAGAGAUCCAUCGCAUCUCGUGAGCACAGUUCAAUCGCUGCGUCGGCGGAACAUGAUUUCGCACGAGGUCAGUUUGGUAUGGGAUAUCCGUGAUCGGGAAUUCAAGAUUUUCACUGAUGCGGGUCGUGUUUGUCGACCGCUUUUCGUUGUGGACAAUGAUCCAAAGAGCGAAAAUAGUGGAUCUCUUGUGCUUACCAAGGAACAUAUUCACAAACUUGAAGCAGACAAGGAAAUACCUGCGGAUCUGGAUCCGGAGGAGCGUAGGGAGCGGUAUUAUGGUUGGGAUGGACUUGUCAAGUCUGGUGUCGUCGAAUACGUGGACGCAGAGGAAGAAGAGACAAUCAUGAUUGUCAUGAGUCCUGAAGACCUGGAAGUCUCCAAACAAUACCAGGCUGGAUAUAUCCCCGAGGAGGAUACAUCAGAUCCUAACCGGCGUGUCAGGUCGAAACUCAGCCAGAAAGCACACACUUGGACUCACUGUGAAAUCCAUCCUAGCAUGAUCUUGGGUAUCUGCGCCAGUAUCAUUCCCUUCCCCGACCACAACCAAUCUCCGCGUAAUACAUACCAAUCUGCUAUGGGUAAACAAGCUAUGGGUGUCUUCCUUACCAACUUCGAUCAAAGAAUGGAAACGAUGGCGAACAUUCUCUACUACCCCCAGAAACCUCUGGCAACGACAAGGUCGAUGGAGUUCCUGAAGUUCCGAGAGCUUCCUGCCGGCCAGAACGCUAUUGUUGCUAUUGCGUGUUACUCUGGGUAUAAUCAAGAAGACUCUGUCAUCAUGAACCAGAGCAGUAUUGACCGUGGUCUUUUCCGAAGUCUGUUCUACCGGACGUACACCGACUCUGAAAAGAUGAUCGGCUUAACGGUGGUGGAGAGAUUCGAAAAGCCCAUGAGAUCAGAUACGCUACGCAUGAAGCAUGGCACAUAUGACAAGGUCGAUGACGACGGUAUUGUGGCGCCCGGUGUCCGUGUUUCCGGUGAGGAUAUCAUCAUUGGAAAGACCGCGCCAUUAGCACCAGAGUCGGAGGAACUGGGUCAGAGAACGAAGCAGCAUACCAAGUUGGACGUUUCUACGCCGCUACGAAGCACCGAAAGCGGUAUCGUUGAUCAGGUGCUAGUCUCCACCAGCAACGAGGAUCUGAAGUUCGUGAAGGUGCGGAUGAGAACUACCAAGAUCCCACAGAUUGGUGAUAAAUUUGCGUCUCGUCACGGUCAAAAGGGUACUAUCGGCGUGACAUUCCGCCAGGAAGACAUGCCGUUUACUAGGGAGGGUAUUGUCCCUGACUUGAUCAUCAACCCCCACGCCAUUCCGUCUCGUAUGACCAUUGCCCACUUGAUCGAGUGUCAGCUUAGUAAGGUGUCUUCGCUACGUGGGUAUGAAGGAGAUGCGACGCCGUUCACGGACGUGACUGUCGACUCGGUAUCCAGCUUGCUCCGGGAGCAUGGUUAUCAAUCACGUGGAUUCGAAGUGAUGUACAAUGGCCACACGGGAAGAAAGCUGGUCGCCCAGAUUUUCUUGGGGCCGACAUACUACCAGCGUCUGCGGCAUAUGGUGGAUGACAAGAUCCAUGCACGAGCGCGGGGUCCCACUCAGAUUUUGACGAGACAGCCUGUCGAAGGUCGUGCACGAGACGGCGGGCUUCGAUUCGGAGAAAUGGAACGCGAUUGCAUGAUAGCUCAUGGUGCCAGCGCAUUCUUGAAGGAGAGGCUGUUCGAUGUGUCCGAUCCGUUCCGUGUACACAUUUGCGACAUCUGUGGGUUGAUGACACCAAUUGCCAAACUCAAGAAGGGCGACUUCGAGUGCCGAGCUUGCAAAAACAAGAACAAGAUCUCGCAAGUUCACAUACCUUAUGCCGCUAAGCUGCUCUUCCAGGAGCUGAUGUCGAUGAAUAUCGCGGCACGAAUGUAUACAAAGCGAUCAGGAGUGACAUUGCGCUAG